CCCAUAUACCUCCUCCUAAACAUCACAACCAGGUGAAAUUUUUUGUUUACGGCCACUUGAAACCAUGAAACCAUGAAACCAGGGAAGUUCAGAACCUCAAACACUUGUAAUCUGUUUCAACUUAACAAAACCACUUUCUGCUCUUAUUCUUCUCAAUCUAACCGUCAUAAACCUGUUAAUCAAAAGUCCUUUUUCAAAAUAAACUCCAAUGACAGACUCAUAACCAGCUUAUGCAAAGACAACAAAUUUAAAGAAGCGUUAGACAUUUUAUGCAACCAAAAACGCUUGAAAGAAGCAAUUCAUGUCCUCCAUCAAAUCAAUCAGCCCUCUGCUUCAAUCUAUUCCACUCUCAUCCAAUUUUGCCGCCAAAAUUACGCUCUCGAAGAGGGCAAAAGAGUCCAUGCACACUUAAAAGCUUCCGGGUUUAAGCCCGGUGUCUUCAUAUCUAACCGUUUGCUAGAUAUGUACGCGAAAUGUGAGAGUUUAAUUGAUGCCCAGAAAGUUUUUGAUGAAAUGAAUGAAAGAGAUCUUUGCUCGUAUAACACUAUGAUAUCCGGUUAUGCGAAAGUGGGGUUUCUUGAACAAGCAAGAAAUUUUUUCGAUGAAAUGCCUCAAAGAGACAAUUUUUCUUGGACUGCAAUGAUUUCGGGGUAUGUACGUUAUAAUCAGACAAUAGAGGCUUUAGAGUUGUAUAGAAGCAUGCAAAGAAGUGAAAGUUCGGUGUCGAAUAAGUUUACCGUGUCUAGUGCAUUGGCAGCAGUGUCAGCUAUUCACUGUUUACGUUUAGGUAAAGAGAUUCAUGGUUAUAUAAUGCGAACUGGGUUGGAUUCAGAUGAGAUAGUUUGGAGUGCUUUGUCUGAUAUGUAUGGAAAAUGCGGGAGUAUAAAUGAAGCGAGGCACAUUUUUGAUGGAAUGUUGGAUAGAGACGUAGUUUCAUGGACAGCUAUGAUUGGGAGAUAUUUUGAAGAAGGGAGGAGAGAAGAAGGGUUUGCUUUGUUUUGUGAGUUGAUGAAAUCAAGGAGUAGGCCUAAUGAGUUUACUUUUGCCGGGGUUUUGAAUGCGUGUGCUGAUCAUGCAGCAGAGGAACUUGGAAAACAAGUUCAUGGGUAUAUGACGAGAAUAGGAUUUGAUCCUUACAGUUUUGCAGCUAGUGCACUUGUUCAUAUGUACUCUAAGUGUGGAAAUGUUGAAAAUGCGAAAAGAGUAUUUAAUGAGAUCCCUAGACCAGAUUUAGUUUCUUGGACUUCAUUGAUUGCUGGAUAUGCUCAAAAUGGUCUACCUGAUAAGGCUUUGGAGUACUUUGAGUUGUUACUUAAAUCAGGUACUCAGCCUGAUCAUAUUGUCUUUGUUGGGGUUCUUACAGCCUGUACUCACGCUGGUUUGGUUGAUAAAGGGCUUGAGUAUUUCCACUCAAUAAAGGAGAAACAUGGGCUAACACAUACUGCUGAUCAUUAUGCUUGUAUUAUUGAUCUAUUGGCAAGGUCUGGUCGGUUUAAGGAAGCUGAGGGCAUCAUUUCUAAAAUGCCAAUGAAACCAGAUAAAUUUUUGUGGGCUUCCUUGCUUGCUGGUUGUAGAAUUCAUGGAAACCUUGAACUGGCUAAACAAGCAGCAGAAGCAUUAUUUGAGAUUGAGCCUGAGAAUCCAGCCACUUACAUUACUAUGGCCAACAUAUAUGCCGCUGCUGGCAUGUGGGCAGAAGUUUCAAAAAUCAGAAAGAAAAUGGAUGACAAAGGAGUUGUAAAGAAACCAGGUUUGAGUUGGAUAGAGGUCAAGAGAGAGGUGCAUGUGUUCUUAGUGGGAGAUACAUCUCAUCCGAAGUCCAAGGAAAUUCAUGAGUUUUUGGGCAAGCUUUCAAGAAGGAUGAGGGAAGAAGGGUAUAUUCCUGAUACCAAUUUUGUGUUGCAUGAUGUGGAGGAGGAGCAGAAGGAGCAAAAUCUCUCGUACCACAGUGAGAAGCUUGCAGUUGCUUUUGGGAUUAUUGCUACUCCCCCGGGAACAACAAUCAAAGUAUUUAAGAAUUUAAGAACUUGUGUAGAUUGCCACAAUGCCAUCAAGUUUAUCUCAAAGAUUGUUAAGAGAAAAAUAAUUGUGAGGGAUUCAAAUCGGUUCCAUAGUUUUGAGGAUGGGAAUUGUUCUUGUAGUGAUUAUUGGUGAUUCAAACCUUCUGAAAAUCCAGCAAGUAUCUUUCUAUUGCUUUGACACUCCAACCAUUUGCAGCACGAUUGUCAGAAAAGAUUGAACUCACUUGGAGAUUUCUGUCCUCUUCAAUGUCACUCAGGAUGAUUAAUUGGUGACCCAGGUGUGGGGACAGGGCUAUGAUCAUCAGAUUAAUUCAGUCUUUUUAAGUUUGUCAGUAGAUUAAAAGAGGAAGUUGCUGGUAUUUCAAGUUAAGAAGCUAUAAACAAUGGGAUGUUGGAGGUUGGAACCCUUAGCUGCUAUGGAUUUAAGGCUAUAAUAUCUUUUGGGAAAAAAAGACGAGACAAUUGAACAGAAGUUCAUUAAGAUGAGGGGUUACUGUUAGCUUUUAGUAACUUGCCAUGGUUCCUCUGGCCAUUGCGGUAUGAUAAACUGAUUGGUGGUCAUUAGUUGAUUAUAUUGUAAUAUCAAAUCUCUUAC